AUGAUGAGCAAGGCACGAAGUGGGCGCUCUGCGCGAUGCUUCUCACUAUCAUGUAAGAGGUGUGCUGGAUAUCCAACACAGUGGAGUGCGGUGCGUCAUCAGUCACAGAGCUCCCUCGGCAGGUCGCGCGACCGCCAGCGUGGCCAGCCCAACGCCGACCCCAACACCGGCUCCCAGAUCUCUGUCGUGGAGUCGCCUGAUCUUACGCCGCACAUUCAAUUCGGGCUCAACAAUCUCGAGCACGUGAAGUUGCCCGACAUGUCCGAUGAGGCUCGGCGGCGCAGCGACAUUGACAAGGAGCGUGAGAUGCGGGCAAAGUUUGGCGAGUAUGGCCCCGGCGAGCGGCUGACAAAGAGCUCCCCGCAGAUGAGGCGCGACAUGCUGGAGGAGCAGCAGGACGUCGACGGUCUGCCGUGGGAGGUCCGGUGGCGCAAGUCACUCAUCCCGACCUCGGAGGAGGUGAUUCAGGAUAUCCGAGAUCGCUUCGACUUGUUCGUCCAGGAUCCGAUCGAGCGUGAGCAGGAGUGGUAUCUGCACUGGAAGGACCGGUCUUUCAAGAUUCAGAAAGAUCGGAUGAUAUGGCCACAAGGCUACACGGACUACCUGGACCACUACGAUGAAAACGGUCGUCGCCGGGUGCUGCCUACCGAUCAGCGAUGGUCCGACUCUUCCUGGAAGCACCUUGCCGACACCCGCUACAAGGACCGCAUGUGGCUCAUCGAGGGAGAGGAGCGCAAAGCCGUUCACCAAAGCUUGCAAACGGACCGGGCACUGUUGAACGAAGAGGAGCAGCGUCAGUCUGAAAUGGGCGACGUGUACCACGGCAUUCUCUCUGGCGUCGUUGAUCUUGACCCAGAUCAGACAUACCAGGCACUCUCUGGUACUGCAGAUCCUCUCGAAGUGGCCAAGACAAAGAUAAAGCUACAGGCCUACGGGGCGCAUCAGGCCCUCACGGCAGGGAAGAGCGAACUGAACCCCGCACAGAUCGAUCCGAUAUCUGGCUUCCCCAAGACGGACAUGGAGCCACUGCCGACCGGCAUUACUGUGGAGCAGGGCGCCGCUAUCGCAACCCAGGCAAACAUUCAGUAUGAGAUGCUGGAGCAGGGGGCGGAGGCCGCGCGGCUAGCUGGCCACGACCCAGCAGUAGCAAUGAUGAAGGCGCACCACAACACAUCGAAGCAAUACGGUGACCGUCCGAUGCUGCGUGCGCAGGUUGAGGCGAAUAUCCAAAAAAUCAAGGAGCUGGAGGCGGAGCGACAGCCGCUGGAAGCCGGCAAGACGGCUGACGGAGAGAUGGUGGAGAAAAUCGAGUCUCCGCUUCUUGAGGAGACAGCGGGAGGGCAGCCAGCAGUUUCUCAGAUCCAUAUCAAAGCAUCUGUGACGACCAACGAGUCGGGCUCAGGAGCUGUUGGCGCGUCUACGCCGGGGGGGUUUAUCCAUGUCGCUGAGAGACCGAAAAACGUGGAACCGGAUGUGCCAAACGAGCUCUUCCGCGUUCCGCAAUCCAGAGAGCUGAAUGAGAUGCCGAAGUGGUAUCGCGAGACUCUCGUCGAGACAGAGCCCAUGAUUCGGCAGUAUGGUAUGGUGCACGACCCCUUGGAGGAAAAACAGCCUGAAAAGGAGUAUUACGUUCCGCCGCCGCUGCGCGACGAUGAGCGGGUGACGCUGGACGACGCCCCGUCCGGAGCGUCUGCUUUUGACGAAGUGAAGAUGCACAAGCUCAAGUCUUUGCCGGAGCUGGUAGUCGGGUAUAAGCCACUGCCUCUGUUUCGCGAAGUUUCAAAGAACGACUCACUUGAGGCAGCCGCUGAGGCACAGGAGAAGGAGGCAAAGGAGAAGAAGCUUGUGGGCAAGGACGGUAAGCCGAUGAAGAGGUCGGAGCGCCAGCGGCUCGAGCGCCAGGAGCGGCUGCGCAAGUCGAAGCUGUCAUACGACUCUGAUAUUCUGCUGCCCAACUUGCCGUGGGAGACGGACUCCAUUGUGGAUCCGUACCGUGGUGUCGAAGCAGUAGACGCAGUCGAGUUCAACAAGGAAGAUCUCGAGAAGACAUGGCGGGCUUAUCGCGACGCAUUUCAGCAGGCUCUGACAGAAUUCGGGAAUCUUACUCAGGUGACGAGCGAGGACAAGUGCGAGAAGAUGCUGUACGACACAAUGGAGCGCUUCCGCGAAGGGCGCGUUGGCGAUCAUCCAGAGGUGCCCAAGGAGCAGGACGAGGUGUUUCGCCUCGUCUUCGAGGCUCACACGAAGCACUUUCUCGCCGACUUUUACAAGUUCAAGGGAAAUCGAGCCACCGAGGCGAACGCCGUCAAGGCAGAGGCGGACGAAAUUCUUCGACGCGCAUCGGCGAAGAGCAAGCUUCUCGGGAGGAACUUCAUGAAUUUUGUUCAAGAGAUGACCUCCCUCGAGCUUGAGACGAUUCGCAAGAACCCGGUGCAGCGCUAUGCGGUCAUGGUGCGCGACCGUAAGUAUGAGGCCAUUUCCCAGCCCUUCAUGAAGUGGAUCAAGAAUGAGCUGGGCGAGUUCAUGAUCACAGAGUUCCAGAGUGCCGAGCAGCUGGAGGCACACAAAGAGUUUCUCCACCGUCACCUGAACGAUGCCUACAUCAGGUGCCCCUCCCGCGUUGAAGGUAUCAGCGACGCGUCCCGCGAUGCGGCGGUGGGGGCGUUUUACCAGUGGUGUCGCGGUGCGUUGGCGUUCUACACAGGCAAGAAGUUCCAUAGCAUGUUCCUCGACUUCGCCGACAGCCGCUUUCGCUCCCGCGCCGAGGAGCUUUACGAGGAUUCGAUCGAGCUCUUCUCCAACUACGCGAAGGCUGGCAAGGAUAUUGUGCAGAUUCCAGUACCCGACUCAGACCCGCCUUACGAGUAUGAUGAGAAGGAAUUCCUCGAUGGAGAGAAUGCUGUCUUUGCGGAGAUCUCCGGGCACCUCGACAAGGCCGAAGCGUUGUGGCACUCCGGCAGCAGUAAGCGCUGGUACCCCAUGACAGACGAAACAGAGUACAUGUGGUUCAACGAACGCCGAGGUCGUCUAACCCUCGCGACGGACAUCUCUGACCGCUGCUUGGAAAAUGUCAACAAGAAGACGCACCCGUCCAUCCACCCGUUCCCUGAGAGCGCGCGCGUAUUCUUGGAAGGCGCACCUCUCACUCAGGAAACCGCAGAGCACCUGUGGCUGCGCUACAUGGGAGACUUGUAUUGGGAGCACUCGGAGUUCAUGCAGCGGCAGGGCCGCUUCCAGACCAGCCGGUCCUACCGCGACAAGUGCCUGAACUUGUAUCAUCUGGCGGUACGCACAGCGCGCGAGCGGCUGCCCGCAUCGUGGAAGGCGCCCCUACUCACAGAAGCAAAAUACAUGCUCCGUGUCUACAAGCCUGGUGACCACGUGCUGCAACACCUGCAGGAUGUGGAGACGGUGGUGGACAAGCUCUUUGCGCAAGGCGAGCCGCGCCACUGGGUCGAGCCGUUCAGCGAGCUACCGUACCGGCUUGCUGUCGUACACGCAAACCUGCCUGCCUACGGCGAGGCUAUCACAAAGGAGGUGCACCGACGUCUGAAGUGGCAGCCUUCCAACGAGCUUUUGAUGAAAGAUAUGGAGCAGCGUGCUCGCGGCGGCGCUGUGACGCCCGAACUGGUGCCGUACUACAACACCCUUAAUGCAGUCGCAGAGACGGUGUUCCGGCGCAAAAUACUGCAGUGGCGCUCCAAGGAGUACGAAGGCUCUGAUCCCUUCCUCUUCUGGACUCACAUGUACUUUGCCUUUCGCGUGCAUCCCAAGGACCGGGACGAGGUACAACGGAUGUGGGACAUGUAUGAGCCGGCUUAUGUGUACAUCUACACCCAGUGCGCGUUGGCGUCGCGCGUGCGAGGCCACCGCCUCAUCAACGAUGCUCUGAGGCGCCUGUGUCAGAUUUUGCUGUCUGGCGACCGAUCGCAGAAGCUUGUCUUGAUGGAGGAGCUGACCAAAGUGCGCGAGAAGAUGGCGCACUUGAUCGACCGCAGGGAGCUUGAUCGCACGAUCAACGCCCUCGAAGCGCACCUCGAGAACCCUGCGCAGCAAGCGUACACAUACGGAACGGCACUGCUCUACAAGGAGGCCGUGCUACACGAAAAAAUCACGCGCAACCCGCUGCUGCGAACGCAGAUGGCGGCGAAGGAGUACACGGAGUUGCGCAAAAGGCAGGAGGAACUGCGCGUCAACGGGACGACACUAGACCCUCAGGAGGCGGCGAAGAUGCAGGAGAAGGAGGGUGGCCUCGAUGACGCACACCUCGACGCUCAACCAAGCUUGACCACGAAAGAAAUGUUUGCUGAAAAGUAA